AUGGAUCCGCCUCACCUCACAGAGUUCGCUUCCGAGCGCUACUUUGAGAAGCUCAGCCAACUCCACGCCAGCCGCCAGCAGCAGCAGGCGGAUCAUGCGGAAUCCAGUGCCACGACGACGGCGACGACGACCGUGUCGAGAUUUAUCCUGCCGCUGCGAGAGUCAUCGAAGCCCACGGAUGUCGAUGCCCUCAAGCCCGCCGACUUGAAACGCGAAAAAGGCCGCUUCCUUAGUUUUCGACAAAAGCUAGGCACAAAACAUUCCAAAAGCGAUGCGGAACACACGGCGACUCUACCUUCAAGAGCCUCUACGGAGUCGACGCGGAAAAGCAUACCUUUUGAUCAACUAUUCAUCGCAUUACCGAGCGAAUUACAGCUCCAAAUCAUCUCAUCCCUCCCUUUGACAGAUAUUCUUAACCUCCGAUUAGCCUCGAAAUCAUGGCACGCACUCAUAACUGCAAACGAGACACCCAUCGUCCGACAUCAUCUGUAUAACCAAAUACCCGCAUAUGCUCUUCGUCUAUAUCCCGUACCCGAAAACUCCGCCGACAUCAACUUCCAUUAUCUGUGUAGUCUGUGGCAUCGUCUUCAUGUCGCGGCCAAGCUAUCAUACUUGAUGUGCGAGUGGAUUACAAAAGACAUAUUCCUAAGACAGACGGAGGCCCAGAAGCUGGCAUUUGCACCACAGCACGAGCGUAUGCGCCGACGACUGAUACCCUUGCUUUUCACCGUUUUCCACUUUUUCGAGACAUACAGGAAAUUACACCUGCAAUACAUCGCUGAGCACGGAAACGGAUUGUUAAAGGAGCCAUACACAGUGAACCCGAUCGAGGAGCAAAUCAUGAACAUGUACGACAACCGGACGCUGCUCAGGGUUCAUGAGGUCUUCCCCCUCAUCAUCUCGUCCUUUUGCCGCCGCCUGCGACCGCCGACAUAUGUUGGUCGAGUGGAACGAUCAUUGCGUGGUUAUCUGAGAGAAAGACCACCUGACGAAGUUCAUGUGGCCAUCCUGUGCCUUGGCGGUCUUCGUCAGGUCGAGAGGCUGUGGGAAACAAAGGGCUACAACAACCGACGGAAUGCUGUCGAUGUUUGGUUCGGUUCUCUCACCAAAGAGCCUGCUGGUGAAGCCUCUGCCAAGAGCCGGUUAGGAUUGAAGGCCUUUGGACGGAAGAAGUCAACAAGCAGCGAUCGGCCUCCGCACCGGACAUCAUUCAGCGAAGGCGGCCGUAGGAGUCCUUGGGGAUCGGUAGACUCCACGCACAAUGGCGGGUUCAUGCCAUAUAGCGUCUUCGAUACCAGUCUCUCAGCCGAUGCGCCCAUGGCACCUCUCGAUCGCGACCAGGCAAAGACUCUACUAGGGGACCUCCCAUCACUGCAGGGCAUCUGGCUCACAACAGCCGAGGCCAUGAUUAUGGAUCGCAAGAUUGUACAGCGGCCGCAGGACAUUAAACGGAACCAGCAGGUCAUGCUGGAUCUGAUCCAAGAGGAUGGCCUGGACGAAGAAGACGAGUGGUGCUACGGCCGCCACAUUUCCGACUCAGUGAGGCCACCCGCCGCAGCCCUAGGCGACGAUGCGGAUUAA